AUGGCCAUCACUGUACAAGAUCAACGUAUCGGAAACGACGAGUUUAGCAAAGAUGGAGAAUGUGUUGACAUAAACGGAGUGAAGACCCUUCCAGAAGGGACGCAAAGACAAGGCAGGGAAAGUUUGGUGAAGACGUUUAAGCAGGUGGAUGUGGUGAUAUCAACGGUUGGAGCCAUGCAGUUGGCAGAUCAGACCAAGAUCAAAGCAGCCAUUAAAGAAGCUGGAAACAUCAAGAGGUUCUUGCCCUCGGACUUUGGAAAUGAUGUGGACCGUCAUGAUGCAGUUGAGCCAGCAAAAUCUGCAUUUGAAGUGAAGGCUAAAAUCCACAGAGCUAUUGAGGCUGAGGGAAUUCCCUACAGCUAUGUCUCUGCAAACUCCUUCAUUGGCUUUUUUCUUCCAAUGUUGGAGCAGCCAGGAAUCUUUGCUCUACCUCCACCCAGAGAUAAAGUAAUCAUCCCUGGUGAUGGAAAUCCCAAAGCAAUAUUCAAUGUGGAACAUGACAUUGGCACCUACACCAUCAAAGCUGUGGAUGACCCAAGAACAUUGAACAAAAUCCUUUACAUUAAUCCUUCUAAAAACAUCUACUCAAUCAACGAACUGGUUUCGCUUUGGGAGAAGAAGAUUGGCAAGACCAUUGAACGAAUUUAUAUUCCAGAAGAGCAAUUUCUGAAACAAAUCCAAGAGGCCCCAACUCCAAUGAAUUUAAUGUUAGCACUCAACCAUUCGGUGUUUGUGAAGGGAGACCAGACCAACAUUGAGAUCAAGCCCUCAUUUGGGGUUGAGGCUUCUGAGCUCUAUCCGGAUGUCAAAUACACCACUGUGGAGGAAUACCUUGAUCAGUUUGUUUGAGAGAGACUACUACAUUUGUUGCUCUUGUUACUAAAAUAAAAAUUAAGUGGUUAUAUACUUGGU